UACGACUCGUCGAGUCGGGUCAGCUUGCGCAUUCUGCUCACAGGUAAUGUUCACGUCAAAGUGACAUUUUCGCCUUAAACCAAAUGCAAGACUCGUCGGAGAAUAUAUCGGGUUUUACCUCCGCAGCAACAGACGUAAGUAAAAAAGCGAAUGCUGUUUAAAUGAGCUGGAAAUAACACAAAUAACCGGGAUUUCCGGUGGGAAUAUACGGAAGAGAGGUGUUUUGUGCGCUACGUGGCCACCUGUGACAGCAGCAGAGGCAGCAGCAGCUCGUAUUGUCAGUUUGACAUGAUGGAGUUUGACAGAGCAGAACAUGACAACGACAGGAUCGAGAAAACCAACGAGAACGGCAUUAAUACCGAAACCCACGCGUCCGGCACUGAGGAAGACCUCAAAUCAUGUAAGGAUCACAAAGAACCUCAGAAGUCAUGGAGUUUGGAGAGAAACUGGGGAUUCACUUUAGAGGAGCUCUUCCAACUUGCCCUGAAAUUCUUUAAAGAGAUGAAUGGAAAGGCCUUCAAUCCAACAUAUGAAGAAAAUCUUCGUUUGGUUGCACUACAUAAGCAGAUCACAAUUGGUCCUUAUGAUCCAAAAGCAUGUCCAGAAAUUGGGUUCUUCGAUGUGCUCGGAAACGACAGAAGGAAAGAAUGGCUGCGGCUGGGCAGCAUGGCUAAAGAAGAUGCCAUGGAGGACUUUGUGAAACUUCUGAACUCCUGUUGUAGUCUGUUUGCACCUUAUGUGACAUCACAUAAGAUUGAGAAGGAGGAACAAGAGAAGAGACGAAGAGAAGAGGAAGAACGUCUCAGGCUGGAGAGAGAAGAACAGGAACGACGGCGGCUGGAAGAAGAGGCACGACGCAGAGAAGAAGAAGAGAGGAGGAUAAAAGAGGAGGAACAGAGAAGAAAACAAGAGGCUGAGAGGGUACAGAUAGAGCGACAAAAACAACAGAUCAUGGCUGUUCUGAAUGCACAAACGGCAGUACAGUUUCAGCAGUAUGCCAAACAGCAGUAUCCAGACAAUCCAGAGCAGCAGCAGUUACUCAUCCGACAGCUGCAGGAACAGCACUACCAACAAUACAUGCACCAGGCCCUCCGCUUACAGCAGAUGGCCUUGCAGAAGCAGCAGGACCCAAAUGUGACUCAAACAUCAGAAGCUCUUCCUGCUCCUGUGUCAAAUGAUGCUGCACCCACCUGUAAUCCCAACAGCCAGUCAAAUUCAUUAGAGAAUCAGGAACAACAGACAGACUCAAAAUCAUUCCAUUUGUGCGUAGAAGGCAAAACGGGAGAACUACCUAUCAUUGCUCCCUCCAUGUGGACACGGCCUCAGAUUAAGGAGUUUAAGGAAAAGGUGUUGCACGAUCAGGAGUCUGUAAUCACAGUGGGCCGAGGGGAGGUAUUGACCAUACGGGUGCCCACUCAUCAGGAUGGCUCACAUCUGUUUUGGGAAUUUGCCACCGAUGACUACGAUAUUGGUUUUGGGCUACACUUUGAGUGGAAAGACGUGACCAUUCCAACAAGCACUGAAACUACUGAAACCAAAGAAGGCACAGAACAAGUUGAAGGAGAAAAGCAAACAGAACAGGGCAGAUGUCCUCUGGUACAUGAGGUUGUUCCCAUUUCCCGUCGUGACAGUCAUGAGGAAGUUUAUGCAGGCAGUCACCAGUAUCCUGGUCAAGGAGUUCAUCUUCUGAAAUUUGACAAUUCCUACUCCCUCUGGAGGCCAAAGGUUGUCUAUUACAGAGUUUAUUACACUAGAUAAACAUAAGCAGACCAUGUUCUACAUUCACAAUCCACCUUUGAGCACGUUGAGACAGUCUUGAGAGUCUUUAACAGAGGCACAGUACUCAAGAUCUUGAAAUAUGUCAUUUGUUUUGAAUCCAAAAGAUACCAAGUCUUUGUCAGUCGUGCGCUUUAGUAAUUUAUGUUUUUUUCUUAUAUAUCUUAUAUGUUUAUUAAGUUGAAUCAAUGAAGGAGUGGUGUAUACUAAUUAUUUUUUAAUUGAUGUGAUUGAUUCGAGCACUUUAAAGUUUAAACAAAUCAUUUAUGGAUCCCAAAACAGGUGAUAUUUCACCAUAUUUUACUUUGGUUUAUAGGAUUUUUUUUAAUCGUUGUGUGGGUGGUUGAAGAGAUUAAGCAAUAGAUAAUUUAAUAAUUGUUACUUUUAUAUUAAGGCGUAAUCUUAUUGUAAACAUGAUUACUCUUUUCCGUUUAUAUGUUAAUUAUAACCAGAGGUUAAGGAUAUUGUUAACCUUUUGAAAGGUUACCUAAAUGUUUGCACAAAAAACUACGUGCAUAAAAGCAAGUCAUGAACUAGUAGUACUAGUACUCCAAAAUGGUGGCUUUCUGGUAAAAGUUCAUAUUAAUAUAUUUAUUGUGUUUUCUUGUCUAAAGCAUGACGUGCAUAUCCUGCUGAUACCAAAAGAUAUAUGCAGCUACGCAGAUACUACAAUUUUGCGCACUACAAUAAUGGAGACAUGUUGUGUGUAGAUAAAGAGGGUAAAAAAGACUUUAAAUACAUUGGAAUAACAGUUCAGAUAAUAGUAAAAAAUGUCAUUUAAUUCUACUAGAAUUAUAAGUGGCAGCUAAUUUUGUAACUAAGGUGUAACCAUGUGACUUGGUGAGGAAUUUUUGCCUUUUUAAUUGUCUUUGUAUUUUUUGUAUACAUAGGAAAAUUGUCCCAUUGAUAGCUGUACUCCUGUGGGAUGUCCCACAGUGCAAUCUAAAUUUUUAACACUAUGAGAAUAGUAUAUUUUGUGUGGAAUAAAUGCUUU